AUGCCGUCUCAAAUGGAACACAACAUGAAAACCAUGAUGUUUACAUUUCGCUGAUUUACUGGGAAAGGCUACUUAACAACAGAGGACCCAAGAGUACUCAUGGAAAAGGAGUUCCCUGGAUUUUUGGAAAAUCAAAAAGACGACCUGACCACAGACAAAACAAUGAAAGACCUGGACCAAUGCCAAGACGGCCAAGUGGGCUUCCAGAACUUCUUUUCACUAAUUGCUGGGUUCACCAUUGCAUGCAAUGAGUAUAUUGUAGUACGCAUGAAGCAGGAGGGAAAGAAGCAAGCGGCUGACCAGCUACUUCCUCCCAGGCGAAGAGUUUUCCCAAUGGGUUGCUUAAGGAAUCUCUGCCCCACAGCUUACCCCUGUAUAAGGAUUUCAUGA